AUGGCCACAGCUUCAAUAAAUAACGCACUAGAAUGUUCCAUAUGUUUUGAUAGUGUCAAAUCACCAAAGAUUUUACCCUGUGGACACACCUUCUGUUUGGGGUGCAUAGAACGAUAUAUCGGUAAUAAAACAGAAACAGUCACUUGUCCGAUCUGCAAGCAGGAUGUAAAGAUUCCAGAAGGUGGUGCUAAGAUGUUUACUAACAACUAUAUAGCUACA